AUGAAAAUUCCAAAUCAACUAAUUAUCUUUAUUGUUGCAUUUGUGCUUUUACCUCCAUAUGUUGUCACUAAUUUCUGUUAUCGUCCAAACUAUGAAUUAUUCGAUGAUAUGUACAUGUCUAAAGAUACUGAUAUGUGCACUAUGUUUAUGCAAUCAUACAUCGAUAGUGUUGAUAUGAAAAUAUCCGUUAAAGAUUAUUUAAUGAAAUAUCUUCCGUAUAAGUAUUUAUCUAAUGGACAUUUACAUUCAUUUACUGAAUAUCGCAAUAAAAACUAUACAUUUCUUCUUACGUCCGCAAUCGAUCAAAAUCAAGAAAAUUUUGAAAAAGUGAAAUAUCAAUUUCAAGUUGAUAAUGGCAAUGAUAACAAGAAGGAGUUACAUUAUAUAUCAAUUAAUUGGGAUAGAAAGUCUUCUGACAUAUUAGAUGAUAUUCGUCAAAAAUUUAAAAUUAUCGAACAAUGUAAUUCAACAAUAACAUUUUAUCUAACAUUUCCAUCUUAUCCUGAAAAUAGUUUAUUAUUAAAAUUUUUUGAAAAUUUUCAAAAGAAAUUAAACAUACCAAUAAAUGAUCCUAAUGCAUUACCUUAUCGCCACGAUAUUGAUCCAUCAUUUUUAUCUAUGGUUGAUUCAUUACCUCUUGUUAUUUUUCAACAAUUACUUCGACAGCAUCAUAAUGUACGAAUCGUUUUAUGUGGUCAUGGAUUUGGUGGCACAAUUGCACAAUUAUCAACAUUACAUAUAUUAUCGAAAGAAGCCAAUUUACAUUAUACUCAACUUCGAAGUAUUACUCUAGGCGCAUUAUUUUUUGCUAGAAAACAAACAAUUGAUUAUAUUGAAAAUCAUCAUGUAGAAAAACAUUUUAUUAAUAUUUAUCAUGAAAUGGAUGUCAUACCAUCUUUAUUUAAUAUGGCUGAACUUCUAUCUCAAUCGGCAUCAAUGAAAGAACAAGUAAAGAUAAUAAAAGCAGGAGGAGGUUUAUGGGCUACUUUAACAUCUUGGUUACCUGGAGGCGGAAAUAAAAUCAUGCAGCCUCAAUCGCAUCUUAAACAUUUAAUAACUUGGUUAUGCCAUAGUUUAACUGCUUACUACUCAUCACUAUCUUCAACCAUCUGUCAACCUUUUAUAGUUGAUACAGCAUUCGAUUUUUUUAAAAAAUCCUUAGGUUUUAUUCAAAGUUCUCUACAUGAAGGUUCUAUUCCACAAUUAAUUUAUCGACCUGUGGGUAUAUACAAUCUUAUUACUUUUCGAAAAUAUGAUCAAACAUGGCAUCUAGUUAAUGUAAUUAAUACAGAAUUUUUGAAUGAAAAUUUACAUGCAACCCUUGAACUUUCACGUAAAACAGAUCAAAUAUUUCAAAAUCAUUCGAUUUCAUCAUAUAUUAUGGGUUUAAGACGAUGCAAUCAAAAAGAAUUCGAAUCAACAAAAGUCAAAACAUUGUCAAAUGUUCUUUCAUCAUCCAAAUCAAAUGAACACAUAAAAAAUUCUGAUAAAAAUUUAAAUCAUUCUGUUAUUAUUCCACUACCAUUUAGUUUUUCUAAUCAUUUGUAUGAUCGGUUUCGUUCGGGUGCAAGUUAUACGGAUAUGAUUGCAUUACCACCAGCUGCUUCAACAAUAUCCAAUUCCACAUCAAUGAAUGAUAUAAUCCAAAAAUUUUUAUCCACUAUUAAGUAUCGCACUGGUUUAAUGAAAAUGAAGUCGAAUAUUGACACAAAAAAACACAAGUUAUCGAGUGUAAUAAGUGUUUAUGAUGCAUGUUUAGCUGUCUAUGAAACAUACGGUGUAGAUGCUCGAAUGGAAUUAAUGAAACUUCAAUUAGAACAACGAAUGUUAGUACCAAUAUUAGUAUCAAAUGAUAAAAGAAUGUCACUACCAUUUCGUUCUUAUAUUAAAACUUUAAGUUUAGUUGAAGUUCCUGCUUUACAAUCACAAGAAAAUCAUUUAGCUUCGGAUACAAAAUUAUUACGUAUUGGAUUAAUUUCAACUAUUCAAAAGAAAAACAGUGGAUUACCUGGUCUAAUAGAAAAUCUUUUUCAAACAUUUUCUAUUCGACAAUCGAUACCAGGAACAGGAACGGGCAUCAAGUCAGAGACAAUAGCAGAAAUUGGAUAUGGAUUUUUACCUAAUUCGUCAUCUUCUUUAUCUCAUCAACCAGUUAUAAUAACACAUAUUAUCGGUAAUUUUCAUCCAUUAUUAUCAUUCCUUGUACAAUAUGUCGAUGUAUUAAUUGUCGAAUAUAAUGAAGAUGAUCUAAAUUUUGCCCGGUUUGAAUAUAAUCGUUUAUUUGAUUUUUUACGCAUUCAAAAUAUUAUGAUAUGGAAGCAUACAAUCGAUGCUGAUUUUAAUGAAGUCACUCUAUUAAAAGAACCAUUUGCCAUGAAUAUAUAUGAAGGAAAUAGUAAAGCAGUUACUGAUGAAUUACAAAAAGAAUUAUUACGAAUUUCUCGUUCAAAAGUGUAUAUACAUUCGCCAGUUUCAUCUCGACCUUGUUUAGUUGAUAUUAUUAAAGAUAUUAAUUUAUUUAUUGAUGAUGAUAUAGCAAUGCUCGAUACAGAUAACCUAUUUAAAAAUAUUGAUACAAUUGAUUUAAAAAGAAAUCAAUUUAAAUUUCAACACAGUUAUAAAGAAGAAGCAAAAUUUCAAUUAGAAAAAGAUAAUCCACUAUUACAAUUAAAUGAUAAUCGUCGAAAAGAAUUAGAAGAAGAUAUUCGUCAAGAAAGACAUAUACGUGUAAAAGGACAAAAAGAUGUUAGUAACAUUCCACUUUUAAAAUCUUAUCUUGCCGUUAUCGACGAAAUCAAUGAUGAAAAACGUUAUAUUCACAAACGUCAAUUUGAAUCUGCUCUGGUAAAAUUAAAUGAAGAAAAAAUUACACCAUUACGACAAAAACGAGAGGAAGCAUUUAUUGAAAUGAACCAAGCAACACAAAAUACUCUUCAGAUAGAAAAGGAUAGCACAGAUUAUUUAUCUUCCAAGGAAAAACAAUCGAAAGCAAUUCAUAAACUUUCUGAAUCUAAACAAAAUUUGAUUAAUGCAUCAUUGAGUAUUGAUCAUUUCUGGCGUGAAAUUUCACAUUUAUAUAUAACAAAUAAAACUUUAUAUCAAACACUUCCAGAUUUAGCUGCACAACAUUUAAUUGAUGGCUUUUCUUUAGAACUUCUUGAUGGUGAUUCUAUGCUUUUAAAUAUGCAAUGGAUUGAACCUGUCUUCGAUUCAUUAAGUAGAAAAUUAUAUAAAGAACUUGAUCGACAAGCUCGUAUUUUAGUUCUUUCAAUUUGUGGUCCACAAAGUUCUGGUAAAUCAACUCUAUUAAAAACAAUGUAUGGAAUACGUAUUAGAAGUAGUGUCGGUGCUUGUACUCAAGGUGUAAAUAUGAUGCUAAUUAAAAUUCUUUAUCAAGAUUAUGAUUAUGUAUUAUUAUUUGAUACAGAAGGACUUCGAGCUCCUGAAUUUAGUUUUUUACCUGAUGCUCAUAUGCGAGAUAAUACUUUAGCAACAUUUGCUGUUUUGCCUGCCGAUGGAACGAUUUUAUUAAACAAAGGAGAAGUGAAUCAAGCAUUAGAGGACGUUUUACCUAUUGUUUUAUAUCUUUAUGCAACAAGUGCAUUAUCAAUGCAAUUAGGUGGACAAACCCCAUCGAAAUUAUUUUUUGUUUAUAAUCAGAUUGAUCCCAGUCAACAAGAUAAAGGAACUGAAUUAUUACAAGAUUUAAGUACACGAUUACAUGAUGUUACAAAUAAAAUUCGUGAAGGUAUUUUACCAAACAAUACGGUAUUUAAUGGUUUUGAACAAUGUCGAAUUGAUUUAAAAAAUUCAUCAAAUUCAGAUUUUCGUAUAUUAUCAAUUAAUACAAACAAUCCACCAAUUAAUCAUCCAGUUGAUUUAUUUGGUGAAGAUUGUCUUCGAUUAAGACAAUGGAUCGGUGAACGAAUUACAAAUAAAAGUGAAAUACAUCCAUGGAAAGCACGAUCGAUUUCCGAUAUAUUCGAUUAUAUAAAAGUUGUUAGUGAUAUGAUUCGUCAAGCUCGGCAUAUAACAAGUCUAAGUACAUCAUUAGAAAUGUUAGCAAAUAAUAAAUUGAAUGAAGAAAUCGAACGUAUAAAAUAUAAUGUCUCAUCAAAUUUUACAAUAAUUCGAACUCGAAUCGAAAAUGAAAUUAUUCAAAAUCAUACUAAUUCGCCUGAAAUGUUGGUUACUUCUAUGUUGUCAUUUAAAGCGAUUGAAAAUAUUACUCAAACAGCACAUAAUAUGGUAUUAAAUGAAAUGCAAGAAACAAUUUUAAAUGCAGACAUAAUGAUAUUUAAAUUAACUGAAGGUAAAAAACGUCAAUCUUGGAUUCGAGAUGAUUGGCAAAUAUUUCUUCACGAAAAAAGAAUUCGUAAUCGACAGUUUUUAGCAACAAGAAUCGAGCGUGAAAUAACGAAUUAUUUUUUUAUUGAAAGAGUUGGAGAAAAAAUUCGUCAAGAUUUUAUUCAGAAAUGUAAUAAAAUAACUUGUACAGAUUUAGAUGAUAUACAACGUCAACAAAUUUUUAAUGAAACUCUUCAAAAUCGUAUAAGAGAAUUUCUAGAACCUUAUCAUUCGGGAAUUAUUGAAGUUACAAAAGCAAUAAAAGAGGUUUAUAACCGAAGUAUAAUUAUUCAAAAUGUUAAAAUUUUCGAUGACAAAGAAUUUUGCGAUAAAAAUGGUUUUUUUGAACGAUCAUCAAACGGCGAAGAUGAUUUACAACACAUUCAAAAUUCUGAAUCUAAGAAAGAACGAUUGUCUCGUGAAUAUCGAUAUAAGGAUGAGACUCAAAAAUUUAAUCAAGCUACUGAUGAAAUAAAAUCAUAUAUUAAUAAUUUAAUCCGUAAUUAUGAUCGAUAUGAUCCAUUAAUCGUCAAUGAGGUUUUACAACGUUUACAUCAAAUAAUUUAUGAACGUUCAGCUGUUCAACGUAAUACAAUUCAAGAUAUCCAUCGUGGUACAUAUUGUUAUCUAAGUGAUCAAUUGAUUUAUUUACAAAAUACAUGGGAUGCCAAACAUAAUCGUACAAAACUUUUAGAAGAUAACCGUACAAAUUUAUGGAAGUUCUUUUUAAAUGUUGUUAACGGCAUUCGGGGUAUAAAAUUAUUCGAAUUAGAAUUAUAUAAUCAAAUAAAAAGUUCAUGGAAUGUUGGAUUUAUUGAACACCUUAUACGAGAUGUAAAAACACAAGUUGCAAAACAACCAUGGAUUGGAAAUAGUGAUAUUCUUAGUGCUUAUAUAGAUAAUGAAAAAAUUGAAAUAUUAGAAAAACAGGGUAUUACUGAAUUAUUUAAAAAAAUUGAUUCUGCUGGUACAUUUUAUGAAAAUUGUAUGAUCAAAUUUGUUCAAGCCCAUAUUGAUGAUCGUGUUAAAAGCAAAUGGGAGAUAUUCUACGAACAUUUACAUAGUUCCAUUAAAUAUGCAGGAGAUGAGGCCAAAAAUAGUCCGAAAAAUUGUUUGGAAGUUUUUCUUCAAACAUUACAUAACCAAUCUUUACCAUUUGCAAUUAUUUCUCGUUUACCAAGAACAACCAAAGCUUAUGGAAAUGUUGAUGAUCAACCAAGAAAUAUUUUUGAUGGAGUUGUUACAACAGUUCAAUCAGCAAUUCUGAAAUUACCAGGAUCUUUGCUAUAUGGAAAUGAAAGUAAAAUAAUUUUAGAAGAAUUACAAAAAGAUCCUCUUACUGAUGAUGCAAAACCUCGAUGUAAUCAUGCAUGCAGACUAUGUGGUGCGCCAUGUUAUAAACAUGCUGGUCAUAGUGGACAUCACGAUUUUCAUCAUCAACCAGGAGGAUUAUCAGGACUCCGUACUAGGCGUACUCAUCUAAUUGUACAUAGAACUUGUCAUCAAAAUUACAUGGAAAAUCGUUCGUUUAGUAUUGAUCAUGAACAUUUUCAUCCAUAUACAGAAUUUCCGAACAUACUUAACUCGGAAAUUCCUCACAGUCAAUCUCGACGAAGUCGCUUGGGUGAAUAUUUAAUGAAUAAAUAUCAUGACGAAAUAGCGAACUAUUAUGAACUCAAACCUAAUCCACCAGUACCGGUUGCGUACAGUGAGCACACUUUAGAAGAUAUCAAAGCAACUAUCAAGAAACUAAUAGAUCCAACUUCUGGUUAA